AUGAAAUAUAAUAUUUUUCUUAUGCUUAUACAACUGCUAUUCACGAUUAUCAUUUUUUCUGUAUCGGCUGUGGAUAAAAAAACGAUUUCAACUGCUCCAUUAGGCCCUUUCCAAUUAAUCUUCAAACAAUUAUAUAAUUGCAAUCCUACACAGAAAAAUAAAAUUCAACAUAACGUGUAUAUAAGUCAUAGAAGCGGUUCAGCAUUGCUCCUUGGAAAUUCUACUCUCGAAAUACCUCUUGACGAUAGUUUUUUCCUGGAAAUAAAAAUGGCACUUAAAGAUACAUCAGGAAAUUGGAAAGAAAAUUCGUUUAUGCAUAAAACACCAAAGGCUUGUUCGUCGUUUAAAAAAACAAUGGGAAAGAACUGGCCAGCAUUCAUAAAUGGUAUAGGAUUUAAAACGACCGAUUGUCCUAUACCUUCGGGUACAUACAUUGCUCAGGGUUUUGAUUUGUCACUUUUUAUGGACACAAAUUUCCCUAAAGUAUUUAUUUAUGGAACGUAUAGAGUACAUAUGUAUUAUUCACUUAAAAAUGAAAUUUUUGGAUGUAUAGUUUGCAUCAUGGAAUUUAAGCGUCCUUAA